CUUGCUACAACUUAGGAGAAGACUAUUUCAAUACAAUUUGAUCUCUCUCUAACAUUCUCACAUCGGGCUGGGACCUGAUUCACGAGCUCUGUCGUUAAAAAGGGUCACUAUCUUUUGCUUCUUCGUCGAUAAUCGUUUGUUUCAUUUUGCGACCUUCUUCAGAUUUGUUAGAGAUUACAUUUGGACGCCAUGAGUACGGUAUUUGAAGGAUAUGAACGUCAAUACUGUGAGCUUUCUGCAAAUUUGUCGAAAAAGUGCACAUCAGCUAGUCUUCUUGAUGGAGAGCAAAAAAAGCAGAAGGUUUCUGAAAUACAAACAGAAUUAGAUGCAGCGGAGUCUUUGCUCCGGAAAAUGGACCUUGAGGCAAGAAGCUUGCAGCCUAAUGUAAAAGCUGUGCUCCUUGCAAAAUUGAGGGAAUACAAGUCUGAUUUGAACAAUUUGAAGAGUGAAGUCAAAAGGAUUACAUCAACUAACCUGAACCAAGCUGCGAGAGAUGAGUUGCUGGAAUCAGGGAUGGCUGAUGCCUUGACUGUUUCAGCUGAUCAAAGGACAAGACUGUUAAUGUCGACGGAGAGGGUAACCAAGUCCAGUGACAGGAUCAGGGAAAGUAGAAGAACUAUGCUGGAGACGGAGGAGCUUGGUGUUUCUAUUCUUCAAGAUCUUCAUCAGCAGAGACAGUCUCUAUUGCAUGCCCAUGACACGCUUCAUGGCGUUGAUGACAACAUUGGCAGGAGCAAGAAAAUAUUGACAAACAUGUCAAGGAGGAUGAGCAGGAACAAGUGGAUUAUUGGCUCCAUUAUUGCGGUCCUGGUGCUUGCUAUUAUCUUGAUCUUGUACUUCAAACUUAAGAAGUAGAUAAGCUUAUCGUUGAUUUGGGUGUUUAUGGGGAUUGAUGGGGGUUAAAGAAAACAUGUUUUGUGUGUCGUUCAUUGGCCCCAUCAUCUCUUAUUGAGUUCAUUCUUGCAAGUGUGAUUGUUACUUGUUGAAAUUCAUCAUUAUCAAUUGAAACAAGAGUUAUGACCAUUGUGUGCUGUGAAUUGGACACUUUUAUAAAAAUUGUGUAAUAAAAUAUGUGUUCUUGUUAUUCCAUUGA